CUGCCAUGUUGCCUCCAAUGCAGCAGGGGGCGCUCCGUUCCGAGGCGGCCUGGAGGUGAAGCAUCUCAACGGGUAAAGUUCCGCUAUAGAGUACGGAAGAGUGCCAUCGAGUCGGAGAGGAAAGUGUGCAAAAUCCUAUUAAAAUGGGUUUCGUCAAAGUGGUGAAGAACAAGGCAUACUUCAAGAGAUACCAAGUCAAAUACCGACGAAGGAGAGAGGGUAAGACAGACUUCUUCGCACGCAAACGCUUGGUUGUACAAGACAAGAACAAGUACAACACCCCCAAGUAUCGUCUGAUUGUUAGACUGUCCAACAGGGACAUCUGCUGCCAGAUUGCCUAUGCAAAAAUUGAAGGGGACUGCAUUGUGUCUGCGGCGUACUCCCACGAGCUGCCCAAGUAUGGCAUCCCUGUGGGUCUCACUAACUACGCUGCGGCGUACUGCACUGGCUUGCUGCUGGCUCGCAGGCUGUUGCACAAGUUUGGCAUCGAUCAGGUGUACGAGGGUCAGGUGGAGGUGACGGGCGACGAGUUCAACGUGGAGAGCGUGGACGGUCAGCCGGGCACCUUCACCUGUUACCUGGAUGCGGGCCUGGCCAGAACCACUACGGGAAACAAAGUGUUUGGAGCGCUAAAGGGAGCAGUGGACGGAGGACUGGCCAUCCCUCACAGCCUGAAACGCUUCCCCGGUUACGACACAGAGAGCAAGGAGUUUAACGCUGAGGUGCAUCGGAAACACAUCAUGGGCAUGAACGUGGCCGACUACAUGUCCUGCCUGAUGGAGGAGGACGAGGAGGCAUAUAAGAGGCAGUUCUCUCGCUUCAUCAAGAACGGAGUCGCACCCGACACGGUGGAGGAAAUGUACAAGAAAGCACACGCCGCCAUCAGAGCAAACCCUGUUCAUGAAAAGCAACCCAAAAGAGAAGUCCAAAGGAAGAGAUGGAAUCGCGCCAAGUUGUCUCUGGCUCAGAGGAAGGACCGCGUUGCCCAGAAAAAAGCCAGCUUCUUACGAGCACAAGAACGGGAGGCGGAGGACGGUUAGCGCUACCUCCAUAUAUGCAACACGACUAAAUUUAUUACAAACUUUUUUGUGUGUGUCUUCAGUGAUGCUAUGACAGGAAUGCUGACGACACUUGAGCUUCUUCACAUUGGUCCCGUUACACGUUCUAUACUUGAAUCAAUGACUCAAAAGGGGACAGGAGAGGGCAGCUGAUGUGAUAGAAAAGACAGCAAAAUAGUGUCAUUGUGCAAAAGUCAUGCAUUAACAUCUUUUGAGCAUCCAGCAGCGCACAACUUCCUGGAUGAUAUUUUACAAAGUGACUUCAUUGUCAGCGGCGUCUUUAGAAUAGAAUAAGGUUGAUAAAAAAGAUGUGUGGAACAUUCCAGCAUGAUUCCUAUGGCACUGUGAUGGGUCCAAGCCCAAAGUGAUACAGUACAACAUUCACAAAUGAACACACAUGGCUGUCAUAAAGAUGUUAUUGUGCUUCUUCCUAGUAGAUUUGGUGGCCUAAAACGUCCCUCCGGUUAGCGAUGGUUCCUUCCUAGCUUUGUCAAAAGUAAGCAUGCAAAAAACCUCCCAUUAUAGACUUUGAUUGUUCAUAUCUUCAUACUAACUGAAAGCAAUAGAAAUUGAUUGGAUAGUCUUCAAUAAGCCUCCCAGGUAUGGGUGAUCCAGCAGUAAUAUGCAAGUGGGCACAAGUAUUGGGACACCUCCCUAUUCCUCUAAGACGGGUGGAACUAUAACGACAAAAAUUACGGGCGUGUCAUAAUAGCGCAAAAUAUUUAGUAAAUCAUUUUUCUGUAUGCUUACAGUGAGUGUGAUGUCCCAAUACUUUUGCCCAUAUAGUCUAUCAAUUCCUUGCAUGUUCAGAUUGUUGGCAUCUCAGCUCCUCCUGGUCACGAGUCCUUGGUGUGGGAGAUCUGCCUCCACAGCAGAGCCUUCAGGUUGUUGAGGAGAAGCGAGUGCUCCAUGUUCAUCUGGCCGGCGCCCCCCCUGAGGGCCAUGCAGGCGUACAGCUGCCUCUCCAGCUCCUCCCUCAGCGCAGACGGCGCCCCGUGCAGGAGGUAGUCCUUCAAUACGGCGCACGCUUUGGCCAAAUUGGGCCGCACCGGCUCCUCCCUGCA